AUGGGGAUAGCGAGUAAAGCUGGAGAUUGGUCGUUCAAGGCAUUCACGGCGGGGCUAGGGCUCGCCACAAUCUACCUCACCGCUACUUUCUCCUUUAAUGUCUACCGUGGCCUCUCUUGGCACAACGCUCAAUCUAAGCUGGAGCUAGAGCAAUCUGAAGAACACACCGAAUGA